AGCUGCGUGUGUCAAAAAAACUUGCAAGUUCAUUUGGGUGUGUAGCUAUUGCUCAAACGGAUACUACGAAUAAAAGUGGUGGUGCGUUGCAUUAUGGGAAUUGCUGUUCAAGCCCGAUGAGCCAACGUUGCAGGUUCCAGAGAGCAAGUGCAUGCUUUAGAACUACAAGUACCACGUAGCACAGUUCGGCGUCCGCUAACACUUCGAUUUGUUUUGGUUCAUGUAGACUGCGCUUUGUCACGGGGGAGCCGAGAUUCACCGCUGCACUCUAACCUGGUUGUUACACGUCUGUGACCUGCUACCGAGCUCUGGGGGGAAAAAAACUCCUCCGGGGUUUGCAUUUCGCCGCCCCCCUCUUUCAGCACCGCCGCCUACCUCGUAGCUCUCUUAUCGGACCCCCAGAAGCUGGCCUGCUAGUUAGCAAACAAGCUAACGAUUGCCAGAUUUCACCCAUGUCCUCUGAAGAAGGGUUCAGCUCAGCGAUAACAGAUUGGCUUUUUAUCAAUUCCUGGUGGCUCCUUCUUCCGUUCAUCAUGCUGCUUGUUGUCGCUGCCUUCAUCGUUGCUUUUGUGUUGCUGUUAUAUAUGAUAUCGCCCCUCAUUAGUCCCAAGCCUCUGAAAUUGAACGGGGCCCACGUCGUGGUGACAGGAGGCUCCAGUGGGAUUGGGAAAUGCAUUGCUAUUGAGUGCUACAAGCAAGGAGCGUUCAUCACUUUGGUGGCGCGAGACGAGGAGAAGUUGCUUCAGGCAAAGAAGGAAGUGGAGAAAUUUGCCAUCAAUGACAAGCAGGUGGUGCUCUGCAUCUCAGUUGAUGUUUCCAGUGAUUACAGUCAAGUGGAAAACGUGAUAAAACAGGCUCAAGAAAAGCUAGGUCCCGUUGAUAUGCUUGUGAACUGCGCUGGAACUUCAGUUUCUGGAAAGUUUGAGGAAGUGGAGGUAGAUCGUUUUAAAAAAUUGAUGGAAGUGAACUACCUGGGCAGCGUUUACCCAACACGAGCUGUCAUAACCACCAUGAAGGAGCGAAGAAUGGGCCGCAUCAUGUUCGUUUCCUCCCAGGCGGGCCAGAUUGGUCUGUUUGGUUACACUGCCUACUCCCCAUCUAAGUUUGCCCUGCGAGGCCUUGCAGAGUCGCUGCAGAUGGAGAUAAAGCCCUACAAUAUCUACGUGACUGUGGCAUACCCCCCUGACACUGACACUCCAGGACUGGCUGAGGAGAACAAGACAAAGCCUCUGGAGACCAAGUUAAUCUCUGAAACCUCUGGAGUUUGUCAACCAGACCAAGUGGCCAAAAUCAUUGUCCGGGACGCAGUGCAGGGGAACUUCAACAGCUCUGUUGGUCCAGAUGGUUACAUGCUAUCAGCGCUCACCUGUGGAAUGUCACCCGUCACCUCCAUCACAGAGGGUCUCCAGCAGAUCGUCACCAUGGGAUUGUUUCGGACCAUCGCACUUUUUUACCUGGGGAGCUUUGACAGCAUCGUGCGCCGCUGCAUGAUUCAAAGGGAGCAGUCAAAAGCGGCCAAUAAGAGGGAGUAACAGCAGCCUUACCUUCACCUCACCCCGAUGCCCCCAACCCUCUACCCACUGCCCACCCAGCCAGUCCCUUCCUCCAGCUGUACAAGUGCACAACCGUAGGUGGGGGUGGGGUUAAAAAACAAAAGGCCAUGUCAGCAUUUCUGAUGUCAACUUUAGCAGAUGGAAUGGAAGAAAGUGGCAGAUGUUUACGUGUCUACUCCACAGACUUGAUAGCCAUUUAGAUGUAUUUUUUCCCCUGGUGACUUCAGUUUAAUGUGUCCACCUGCUUCUUUUGGAAGCAGCCUUACUUUAGAGGAAAGAGGGGUGACUAAAAAUCCCACAUCCUGAUUUCCAGUAUCUAGGCUUCCCUUCUUCAGUUUUUUUUUUUUUUU